AUGAGCUUGAAAGGCGCACAACAAAGCCCAAGGCUGACGUCCUUUUUAAUCAAAGAUAUCCUAGCAUCUAAUGAAGACGAGAAUGCUUCCGAAACAGCAGUUUAUGAAGAUUCCAUAUCAUCAGAGAGUUCUCACUCAAGUGUUUUGGCAGAGAGCGAACAAGAUUCGCCAAAGCCAUUCCCGUUUUCCGAUUCCCGCAAUGGAUUUGAUGAAACAGGUAGUGGGCAUGACGAUGGGUUUGAUGAAACCCAUAGUGGGCAUGAAUCACACAACGAUUGGUCGGAAAAUCGAUUUGAGCACUAUGACUAUGUUUCAACCGGUAAGUUUGCUUUAGGUUUUAUACAAUUCGGUUUUUGGUUUGGAGUAUCACCACUAAAAUAUGCUGCACCUAUAAAUAACGUAUUUUCUUGCCCUGUGAUUUUGGUACAAUCUAGUACAACAAUCCUAAGACCUAUAAUUUAGUUACUUAAAUAUUUUUGUUGAAGUUCUUUCUUUUUAUCACCAAGACGCAAACACAAGAGUAAGAUUGUUUGGGUUUGCAAUGUUGUGAUUAAAACGCAUGAUUUGAAAUGUAAUUCUGGUCGCAUUCCUUGUCAAGCAAUUUCGGCGGUGUAGUCACUAUAUAUACCUACCUAUAUUUAGUACAAAAAGAGGUUGAACGUAAAAUUUGGUUUGUACUAAUUAUCAUGCAAAUAAGCAACCAUGAUACGUAGUUGACAUUAUGUAGACAUGCACUAUAGCAGUGAUAAAUAUAUAGGCAUGUUAUUUGCGGUAGCUAUAGCGUAUAUGAUUAAAAUAUGAUGCUAUACUCGCGCAUUUCCCAGUUUCCUCAAUGAUUUCAUUGAGUUGAUAGCAUAUUAAAUCAGGCCUUUUAUGAGUUUUUAUUCCCUAAUAUAGACAAAUACGGGUUAUAGAUUGUUAGGAUUUUUAUCUACUUGGCACGCUUAGGCUAUAUAAAUUAGGCUAUAAAGAAUCGCACAUAUAUAAAUAUAUAUAGCUUAUAAGUUUACCACAACACAAACAGUGCUCAAUACCAUAUAGAUAGAGCAUAAUAUAGUUUUUCGUUUUACCUCAAAAAAUCACAACAGUCUGUUUCAUCCGUAUAGGAAUCAUUAGGUGGUGAGUACUAAUUUCGAAAAUGUAGCCGUUAUAUAUGUUCUGCACUGAACGAACAUAUAUAAUGUUCUGCAACGAGAUCGGAUAAUUGGUCGCCAAGUAAGUUACCCCAGCCAUUAUAAAUGAAACAGAAAUGUUAUUUUGUGCUCGUAUUGAUAGCUUUUUCCUCGGAAUAGAUUAAGUAUUAAAUAAUAUAUCAGUAUUAGUAGAAUGUAUCCCACCUACAUUAAUAGCGCACGUCCUAUCACUUGUACAAUGUCAAUGCAUGGCUAUGCCUAUAUAAUGGUAAUUAAUUUCCUUUCGUUUGCUAAGUAGAUCAUUUACUGUGCGACAUAGUGUUUCCUUAUUCAUAAGCAACUAGUCAAAUUUAUUUUCAUUCUAAAUAGCUCUGGCUCUAGGUAAAACCAGACAUAAGUCAUAACGUAUAGCUUAACUGAUUAACAUAUCCUGCAACUAUAAAUACGGCUCGUUUUCUUCCCUGUCAUACAUAGCAAGAAAGAAUGCAAUAGUCGAAAUUUUAUUUAAGUUUAUAUGUAUCAGUUGUUAUAGUUUACUUGUGUUCUGAAUAUGACAUCAAGAAAUAUCCGAUUAUCGCAAGAUAUCCUGCAAAUGAAUUUAUAGGCUAUAUAUAGGCGCACUUCCUUUUCUAGUGCUUUCUUGUAAUCCGCUAACUGGCAAAGAAAAUAUGUCAUAGGAAAUUGGUUUCUUUGAAGUGUUCUAAUAAUGACCACAAGUUCAAGUUUGUUAUAGAGUUCCAACUAGUUUAGAUAAGACGUAAUGUCAGUAUAAAGCAGAGUAUAUAUAAAAUGUCCCGCUUACAUUAUAAUAUCCUGAACUGGAUUGCGCAUUUCCUUAUAUAUCGGGUUCAACACAUAUAGUGUUCUCGUGUCUUUGCGUAUUAAAAUAUAAUUCUAUAGUUUGCAUUAACUGCGCGACACUAAGCACUGAAUUGACGUCCCCUUGUAAGCCGCUCUUUCAAAAACAAACGUUGCGCACAAGAUGCAAGAAUAACAAAACGCGGAUAUAAUGUAUUGAUAAAGACAGGGUCACUGAACAGGAAAUCAGUGUACAGUCCAGAUAAAAUGAAAUCAGAAGUGAGAUGAAUCAUAGAUAUCGAACACUAAAAGCAGGAAAGCUGGUCAGUUUAAUGCAUGCAUGAUUACACUGUCAAGUUUCAAUCUGUGAUCAUGCAGAAUCAGAACGGUGACAUUUUGCGUGAUCUGGCAAUCGUCUGGGGAAAAGUUUAGUUUUGUUUUAAUCAAUGUUUUUGGUGGAAUAGGAAAGAGACUCAGAUUUAGAUUCAAUUUCUUAGAUCAAAAUAUGCGAGAGUGCAUGUAAACUUUUUUCAAACGUUAACACACAAUUUCCUUAACUCAACUCGAAAGCUAACGUCCAGGGGUCGUAUAGUAUACAGAAUUUUUAAUAGGGGUUAAAUUCAAGAUUCAAAAUUUUAAGAAACUUGGUGAUGUAACAACCUGGUCAGUCGAUGCGGGUGUCUGGGAGUUAGUGCAUGGAUACAGGCUAUACCCAGGAAAAUGCCAAACUAUUAUCGCAGUUCGGAACUACAACAUGUACCUGAGAAUUAGAAGGAAGAAUUAGAAUAUGCAUAUAUAUAUAAGAAUUUCGCUGUCCAAUCAGUGUUUUACUUAUAGCCACAAAGGAACUGACAUUAAAUAUUUGUUGUUCUAGCAUAUUUUAUUUUCUGUGUAAGCAAAAUAAAGAAAGUACACUUAAGGGAAUAUAUCGUGUAAAUCAACCGUGCCGAAACAAACUUUGAGCUGCUUUUGCAUAUUCAAAAGAUAAUCUAUCAUCUCGAUGCUUUAUUUUCAUAUUGAACUUUAGUCAACUGAGUUCGAUUACACGACUAAAUAGCAAUACAAAAAACUUUAACAAUAUGUAUAUACCAAAGUCACGGGACAGCUGAGACCUCACAAAAGCUUUAUUAUUAAUCUUGCCCCUAGCUAGGAUACGAUAGUUUUCAUAUCUUUAUAUGAUAUCAGUCAUAACAACACAUAUAUAUAUAACUUUAGAAAGCUGAAGACUCAAUAAUUAUAUGAUAAACACAAGUCAGAUGUUAGAGAAUGUAAAUUCUCAACUUCAUUUUAAAAUUAUCAUAUAAAACAAAAAUGGAAUAUAUUUAAAAUAAAGUCGACAAUUUGUGAGAUUCUAGCUUCUUGUUCAAAUAUCGAAUUUCCAUGAAAUAUGGCAUUUUCAUGGCGAUCUGUUUGUUUUCAUAUUUUCCGUGCAUGGUUUCUCUUAAAUUUUUUUUGAAGUGGAUUUAACAUUCACGAAUUAAUUAUGUCAAAUGUUUGCUAAGCUCUGAUUUAGUUCUGGUGUACACAAAGCACGUUCAAGCCACUUACGAAAGGUUGAGUGCUCUUAUAAUUCAAAGCAUCAAUUUCAUCGCGACAAAAAUAAAGUAAUACUGAUACAAAUGAAGAUUCCCGCAUAUAAUUCAAAUAAUUUAUUACACACAUGCGCUGCAAAAAUAUCAUGAUUGUAUACAAUGCGCCUAGAUCCAAAAUAGUAGUUUUUCAUUUGGAAUGAAAGAAGUGUUUAUAUUAUAGGUGUUAAGAAGUGUGAUUUUGAAGUGCCUAUAGCCAAUGGUAAUUUGUCUUAGCAUAUUUGCAUACAUAAGCUAAAAUCUAUUAAUUUGUGUGCAAGCUUGACCUUAUCUCUGCUGUGCCUGUGGUAUUCUAGUAGGCCUUUCAUCAGAUUUAUGUGUUGUAUACAGCUUAUUACAGCAUGCAUUAAAAACAAUUUGCACUGGUCGUUCAAAUUGUGCCGACAUGCGCAAGAUUGAUUUAAAUUAUUUAGCAUAUUGUUCAUGACACAGUGCUCAACCAAUAUGCCCCUGGCUGUUUCAUUUGCCAAGACAAGUGGUUUCAAAGAAAUCUAGCGAAUUAAACGGCAUUGUACGGCAUAUACUGACUCAGCUAAUGUGCUUGACGCCUGCUACGAAUGCAGCCUAGUUGCGCAUUGACAUUGCAUACGGGGACUAUUAAAAAAUCAAACAUUAUGCAAGGUUGUAUUUUGCAACUGAGUCAAUAGCCUAUAAUCACACAUACAUGCAUGCAUACGCAACCACAGCCCACCAUCAGAUCAGCCGGGUUUUUUAUACAUUUUUUAUACUGUUAUUGCGAAGUACUAAUUUUUUGCGCAUUUGUUCUUGAUAACGACUUGCCUUUGGGCUUUCCGGCCCAGGACAAAUAAAUCAUUUGCAACCAUUUUAAUAUAUAUCUGUUAAGUGUUCUUAAGAAAACAUACCUUGCACACACCAGAUGCGAAGAUAUACAACUGAUAAAGGGUUCACAUCACUUUCCUUGAUUCCAAUCUAUGAACAAAAAAUAUACCACCAUGAAAACACACGCAUUAAUCAGUAACAAAAAACAUGUACAGAGUUAUAUGGUAGAUUUGAGUAUUUAAUGUGCGCAAAGAUGCUGUAGUCUACACUGACCUAAUCAUGACCCGACUCAAAGGCUGAUUUAUGGUUUCUUUAAAAAGUCAGUAAAGUGCAACCUCUUUCUAAGACUUGAAUGAAAGUAGCAGUUUGACUGAUUACGUGGGUAUGACGCCAUCGUAACCACAGAAACUCACAGUCAGCUGUGUAAACCUCUAUGGUCAGUAAACCAUGCCUAAUUGAAUUAUCGGGUCAACUGAAAAGAGCACAAGCUCAAUCGAUAUUUAAACGCACGAGGCAUCUUCUCAAUUUGACAAUCUGAGCUAUCAAUCCUGCUUGAAUCAACUAUAUUUUGUAGGUUGUUUUAGUGAAUUCCAGUGUAUAAUUUUAGAGACUGUUUAAUUUCAUAACCAGAUGUUUUCCUAGGUAUUUGCCAAUGCGAUGUAAAGAAAAUACUCUCACAUUGAACUACUUUAUAUUAACUACCCAGCUAUGCUAAGUACUUUAUGCGACCUUAUUAUCUAUUAAUAGACGAAUAGGCCGAAAAUGUACGCAAACAACUCAGACUCAGUCGUCAAAGCUGUAAAUAAAAUGAGUACAUAUAUAGAUCAGUGGACUGAGAAGUGUGAUGCUCGAUGGAAACACUCCCAUCAUGCGCCAUUAGUUUUUCAAUCCUCAUUCAGCGACUGGGUAUACCGCGAGUUAGUAUCCGCGCGUCACACAAGUGAAAGAAAGAAACACAAAUUAAUGUUUCGCGCACGCGCAGAUCACUAUAAUAUUUGUCAAAACGAGAACUAUACAUUGAAUAGGAUAACAUUUUUAUCGUAUAUGUUUAUUUGUUGCAGGUUUUGCAAACCAGCGGGACAAAACAGACCAAGUGAAAGAAAUUAGAAAACAGAGUUCACCGGUAUGUUCAAAGUUACGCAAGAAGCGUUCCCGUGCGGCGUUCACGCAUGCGCAGGUUUUUGAACUCGAGCGACGGUUCAGCCAACAGAAGUACCUUUCCGGACCGGAGCGAGCCGGUCUGGCGGCCAUGCUGAAAUUAACCGAAACCCAAGUCAAGAUUUGGUUUCAGAAUCGAAGAUAUAAAACCAAACGUCGCCAACUGGUGACAGCGGUAAACUGUCCGCCAAUCACAGCCAAGAAAGUUGCGGUGAAGGUUUUGUAUCACGAUGAGAUGCAGAGACAAGAGGCGUUUAGCUUCCAUCACCUGGCUAGCACGCAUCAUAUGCAGGCAGAACCUACAGCACCAUGCAGAAUAAUUAACUGUCCCUGUUCAACCAUACAUUGUUAACAGCAAGGGUAUCGUUACUGAUCUUAAAAUACACUGGAUGGAAACGACAAACGGACAAAAUCUGGUGCCUAAAUACAUUUUGGGUUGGGUGAAAAACAAAGUUCCCGCGAAUGUUCUGCCCUCCCGCAAUUUCUUUCAAGACCUCAUCCGACGGAGACAAGUCGUAUAGCUCAAUGUGCUCACCUAAAAGGAAAAAAACUGCAGUUUAAUAUAAAAGAUAUUAUGUAUUGCGUUUAUCCAGCCUUAUGUUUACUGGCUAAUAAUAUACAUGAAAAAAUUACUUAAUUCUGAUUGUCUAAGAGCAGUUCAUUUUGUUGAAACACAGUGCUAGAAAAGAAAUCCAGAAAAAUGCGUGGCAACGGUCAAAACAACCAAACAUUUUGAAUAAAAUUUUGACUUUUGACAGUUGAAAACUUGUAUGAAGUUGUGCCAUUAAAAUCGGCGAGUAAAUAAAUUAUAUUUAUUUCGCAUGUUUUUACAUGCAUGUGCAACUGAUGCAAGUUACCAUGAAUUCGCUUCUGUAUAUAAUUAUUUGAUGUAUAUUAUUGGUAUACGUAAUAGUAUAGGGUUUUGAGUGGAAUUUAGAAAACCUACACUCGCGAGUUUUUCAAGAAUUUCAACUGAAUUGCACUAGUCCUUUGACCUCGUACAAUUUUGUUCGUCUCUGAAAAUUCACUCGUGCACGUUUUUUGUUUCCAAAUUGCACUCGAAACCAUACAUAACCUGAACAAAUACAUAUGAUACGAACAUUUAGCAUCAUUUUCUCGUUCUUGUGUUGAGUUUGACUACCAUAACAACAGUUAUUGCUGAAACCUGUCUAUGGAAUAUCAUUAUAGAUGUAAUUUUUAGUUGGUGUGUAGAGACUUGGAUUCGUUUCAAAAACGUGUUGUUGUAAAUUAAAAAACGUAGUAGACUUAUUACGAAAGAGGUGUACCCGGUAUACAAAAUCCAGGUGCAAUUACAGCUGAGUCCCAUGCAUGUAUUUAUACAUUUGUACUGUAAUAUGUAAUAUGUAAUCUACUGUACUGUACUUGUACUGCACUGCACUAUGUCAGCACAACAUCGCACUGCCACACUGCCUUUUACAUGGUUGAAGUAUCAUAGCACACAGCGCGUGUGUAUUAAUAGAUAUCAUAUCGAAAUCUGCUCCUCGUGCCCUUUAGGAAACAGCACUUAGCCUAAGUACUAUCUAUCUUAUAAAGUGUAUAAUCUAGUGCGUGCAAUCCAUCCGGUGUGGGUUUUUAUUAUCUCCAAUAUCAUUUUGGUUUUUUCUUUCGCUUCCGAAGAUCAACAAAGAAUUGAAUACCUUUGCCAACACUUAAGACAUGGGAUAUGAAAACAUUCCUGAGUGAUCGAGAAUGUGAUAUGAAGAGGAAUAAAUCCAUAUUGUGUUUAGGGUCGAUGUGUGGGCGGGAUUUAAGGCUGUGAUAUCGCGCAGGUAGAUAAUGAAAACAAAUUUAAGGAUGAAAUGGCAUGGCAACACUUCCCAGCAAGAAUUAUAGGUUAUAGAUAUUAUGAAAAGAGCUUCCUCUUUGCAACAAAACAAUAGUGCAGAAUAUUCUGCAUCGAUACAUAGUCAUGUCAUUUUGCAUGUAAAACCAGUAUACGUAGCAGCCAAAACAAACCCCAUGCCGAUAUCGCAAAAUUAUUGAAAAAUAAUGGUACCACAAAAUUACUUUUUGGUAGAGUUUCAUAAGGCACACAACAGUCCAGUCUAGGAGAAUUUUUUUUUAAAGGUCUCCGAACCCCUGUCCCCCCCAACUAUAUGUAGAGUUCGUAAACAUGUUGACUAUACGCUGGAGUUCAUAGACAUGACAAUGCAGGAAAUUCGCCAAUUCAGUUAAGUUCUCAGGAUAAAGGAAAUGAGUUAAGUGCUCUCUUUAUCCACUCACAGCGAACAUGUAGCGAUUAAAGAGUUUCUUAUUGUUAUAAAUAUAGAGCGCAAAGUGCGUAGGGAUUAAAGUUAGAGAUCGUGUGGAGCGAUCUAAACACAUCAUAAAUCUUCACACAACUUUAGGUUUUUGUUGUAUUUAUUAAAUGAACUAAAUUGUGAAAUAAUCAGUGUUCAUAUGUAAGGCCCACAAUGUUGAAUGUUCUUGUCUUGGUGCAAACGCCCUUUUUUAACGCCCUGUACUCCCGAAUGGAUUCGACUUAAAUACAUUUAAAUCUGUCUGGUUUACUAGGAGUAAGGUAACAGAAGCAGUGACUUAAUUUUAUUAUGUGGUUACAUUUUUCUUAGUUCACGUUAAAGCUUAUCAAUCUAUCUCGUGAAGUGAACGAGUGAAGUGAAGUUGCGCAAGUUCAGUGAACAAAAAGGCUUUUGGAUGGCUGGUGAUGAAAUAUUUUGUCAAACAUUCAGUAUAGAAGCGCAUCUUGUUUACUGGUGUUUAAAUUCACAUGAGUGCUCAGUAGACGAUGUCGUAAGCAUUGCCCUUGAGUUUGUUUCCACGGGGAAUAUACAGCGCUACAAGAAAUUAUCUCACCGCCAAGUUCAAGUUGAAGCACCCAUUGUUUUGCGCACUUAAUGCUAAUUCAAGUUGAGAUCCGGUUCCCAUUUACUUGAGAAAGAUAUUUACAUUAUCAGCAAAAGAGAUGAGCGAUCUCCAAGGGUUAUUUGGUUUCCGUAGAUACAUUAAUCUAGCUCUUUAGUAAAGUGUGUUUUCUUUAACUCGAUGGAUGAUUGAUAACGAUUAAAAAAAUAUCGCAAACUAUGCGAAUGUUGACACAGGCAUGACGUACUCUAAUGCACCCCAGGCCAGUCAGUCCGCCUAUACUAAUGCGAGAGGAGUUCACUAAUGUUAUGGUAUGGGUGAGACCUGCGCCAGUUGUGGUAGCGUAAAAUUGCUGAAAAACGCUAACGAUUGCUGUUACUUCGGAUUUAGUCGGCCUAGCGUAGGUGGGAGGGGAGGGGGAGGGGGGGGACGUUACUUUGAGGGGCUAUUUUUCAGUGGUUGCAUAUUUUUGUCUGGUUGACGUUAACAAGAAUCCUCAGAAGUGUUUGUUUUUCAGCAGAAGAAUAAUAGCAUUAAUUCAAUGAUCCUCUAAUAGACAAGCAUAAAAUCGACUUAUAAAGGAAGUGCGAAAGCCUAGAAUUUUUGACGAACACGGUUAGGAUCGAGGAGCGGCCAGGACGCAAAAUAUAUUCCGUCAGGGAAAGGUGGCUAAAAUUGCAGCGGAUUGGGUUGAGUUGCUGAGAGAACAAGGUCAAGGAAAAUGAUGAAGGAUUAAUUUGAAGGUCUACGAAGCGAAAAACAUGGACCUGCAGUAAUACUAAUUGGCUAAUCGCUGUUGUGUGUGCGUGAUAUAUUAUUGCGAUAUCCUAUUUUGAUACGGCUUUUUUGAAAUAUUAGAACUAUUUUCAGUGUUUUGACUGAGUUGUUUUUGGCAAUGACAAUUAAUGCAUCAUAUCUUUGGGGCAUAUUUUAACACAAUGUAAACUAAACAGUAAACUUAUUCAGUUCAUAAAAGAUUUCUCAUCUUCUCUCCCUUUGAUAUUAUCUGUUUGGUAGACCAAUUGGGGUGAGGCAGUUAUUUGAUACAUCGAAAAAUCCCGAUGUUUUUUAAAAACCGAUUUGACCGAUGUUGUUUUUGCACAAAAUUCGAAGAACCGGAAGGCCGAAAAACCGAACAAACAGACGAAAAAGCGCUAGCAGUAUUCGGCAGUAAACAUUUCAGCAAAAUCGAAUCAAACGUGUAACACUGUGUUAAAUCUUUCGGCUUUUGCGUUGCAGUUUCACAAAUAAAUUACAGGUGCAACAGCGCCUUAUGACUGGACAAGGUUCGAUUAGAGUUUAAAGAUUGAGCAGAGUAAACGACAGAGAAUUUUGAACAGCAUCGUGCAAUGUUUUCAAGUGAAGUUUAAAACGUGUCUUAAAACCGAUUCACUCGAUCGUAUUUCGUUUUUUUUAUAAAAACCGCUCCACCCUAAGACUAUCAAUGCAGACUAAAAACUCGAAAAUAACUUAGUGUAGAUAAACUUAUAUCAAUGCAGUGAUCUACGACCUGCCUCGGCCUCAGGUGCUAUGAAACGAUCUCACAUACGAGUCACUAAAAAAAGGUUUACAUGAAGUAGUCCGUCAUUAUAGGCGCGCAAAGGGGGAUGGGAUAUGAGCGUUCAACCCCAUAAACCCCUGCGCUUGUUCGUCGCGAUGCACUACUUCAUGUAAACCUUUUAUAUAGUGACUCGUAUAUGAAAUAUUUUUAUAGCGCCUGGGGACGAGGCAGAUCUACGACCACGAACUGAUACAGAUUUAGUUCCCUGUUAAACAAAAAGCGUGUCUUUGAUCUGGUUUAUACUACCACGAAGAUUUCAAAAAUUAUACUUUGCUCCAGUUGGGCUUGUGUCACUUUUAUCUAUAAUUUCACUGCCAUUCCGAGUUCAACUUCCAAUGUUUCUACCCUUAGUUUAAAUAUUAUCAUGGUAAAUGUUUCCAUGUAGUUGCUCCCAAACGCAAGGUCAAUAUACAUGGUGAAAUCAUUUCACCCUUUCACUCAUUUGCCUCGCAGAUGGUUUUAAUUGCAAAGAAUCUUUUUCUUCAACUACAGAUCUAUUUAUGCGUCUACAAACGGCAGUAUGAAUAUGUACAGUUAAUGACUUUCACCUUGUCCAUGUACAAAACUAUCACUUAAGUUGCGUGCUAAUGGUUACCAUUAGCACAAGUCAAUAGGUCAACUUGUAUAUAAUUAAGACCAGUUUGGUUCUUUCGUGUUGAAUUCAGAGGAAUGAAAACAAUGGCGGCGUUUCUUUAGUACUAAACGCCUCCACUCAAAUUAACGCCCUUGCCAAUACAAGAGGCAGACAAUUCGAAAAGUGAAGGGAGGAAGAUGGGGAAGUUUCUACAAUACAUGGAUCAGUUGUUUACGGCGGCUGAAUAACGGUUCACUUAGUGUGCAUGUUUUUUGUGAUAUAUUCUUUUUCUGCCACCUUCUCGUCCCCAAUCGCUUUAUGUGAAUUCAGGUAAGAGAGGGAGAGAAUACGCGUGGAGAAUGCAGCAUUUAGAAUGAAGAUUUAGCAGGCUCUAAAUAUUGUUUCGCCUUCCCAUCAUGCAUGACAACCGAUCUUUUUCCCAACCACUGAUCUACAUAUACCACUGAUAUGUGCCAAAAGGAGCAUACGGAGAACGGUAUAUAGUUAUACUGUGAUAGAUUUCCGUUUAAAACUCGGUAACCUUGGCUUGAAGACUGCUGAGAGUCUUUCAUAUGAAACCAUAAAUCAAUAUCUUAAUUUCGUCAAUUUGUUGUGUUGUCUACAAAUCUACACAAAAGCUCUUACAUCAAAACGAUCAAGACACCCACGAAGAAUGAAACCACCCCAACUAGAUCCUACAGCAUAGUUUUUAUAUUUAUCUUCGACUGUUUUUUAAAAAAGAGCGUGCUUUUCCGACAUUUAUGAAAUAUAGUUUGGCCAAAAAUAACGAUUUAUUGAUAUUGCACGAAAGGCUAUAUUAAUGCACGUACAUCCAUUAAAAAAGCUGUAUAUACAAAGACCUACUCAUCACCUGAGAAACAAAUUUGAUUUCAACAGCUGGUCCUGUCAUAAAAUACGAACAAUCUGAUGAUUUCCCUGAUCCUAUCACCGGUGCCCUUCACACGAACUCUUAACUAGGGUUGGGUCUACUGAUGGCUCGCAACCCUCCUAGCUUUCACCCAACCAUGCAGAUAGUAUGGCUCUUCACCUCCACCAGCGCACUCCAAAAAACAACAAGAAACAAUCCAGGCCUUCAGCAAGGUGCCAAAAAUAACAUAACGAAAGUUGUCAUCAGCCAGUUGAUGAUACCAAUCCUACAUGACUGUUUCUUCAUCAAAAUGGACAGAGAAAUCUGAGGCGUAGAAUCUAACUCCGACCACCUGCGCACCCCUGUUGAGGACUGUUUCCCCAGAACACUGCCAUACUUUCCUCUCACUGAUUAUGCACCCUAUGGUGGUCGACGGUCCGUAUCGCUUACCCCCAGCAUGGCCCCUACAAUUAUUAAUCUGGAUCCAUCCCUCUGUCUUGAAGAAACAUUGUGCUAUUUUCUUGAUAGGUUACCAUAUAAAUAACUAAUUAAUUAUUCAUGUUUCGCUCGCUACUCUGGUUUAAAUAAAUGAUUACAAAGCUCAGUCGAAUUGACUGGGCUUUGUAAUCAUUUAUUUAAACCAGAGUAGCGAGCGAAACAUGAUUGAUAUACCUGGUUGCAGUGAACGAACAAACUUUAAUUAAUUAUUAAUUGCUUAUUUGCGCUAAUACGUUAAUAUUCUAUCCUAUUCCUAUUCCUAUUCUAUUCUAUAGGAUAAUUUGUAAUUAACUGAAAAGAAAGUGCAGGAACAAUCAACACUGAGUAGCUUUCGAUAUAAUUAAAACUCAUUCCUAAUCCCGAUACUAACCAGUGAUUCUAACCCUAAACGUAUCCCUUAUUCCAAUCUUUGUGACGUCAUUUUGAGCAAUCUCGUCCCCAGGCUCUUUCCACUUCGCUCAGCGAGGAGUUUCGAGCCUGGGUACGAGGUUGCAUUCUGAGAUGGUAAUAGUGGAAGUAAGAAUUAUAUGUAAUACGAGCGUUCACGCAAAGACCAAUAUAUAUUUAAUGUGUUUAUCCACUAUGUCAGCAUUUAGCCUGGGCAGGAAAUGAAAAGUAUAUGAUGGUAUAUAUUGCGAAGUGCUUGUCUUACCACUCCUAAUGACAUUGUCUCAGAAUGCAUCCGUUCUCUAUGUUGUCUUAAUAAACACCACUUCUUGAAAGCACUUUUUCCCAAGAGCUUGUUUGUUGAUUUAAAAAACAUUUGGAGGAAAUCUUCUGAAUGUUUUGUGACAAGUUCAUUCAUGCAAACCAUACUAAGUACUCAUCUCGGCUGUGGCUUGUAAAUAUGAAUUUUCGCUAAAGUAACUCCUCUUAAAAGACCUGUCUUUAGGGACAGACCAUCAGAUUUUUAUGAGGGGAGGGGAUUUUUUUGAGGAUUUUAUCUUUCGCCCUGACUUGCUUGCAGGAUAUUUUUAAUGUCUGACACAUACAUGUGUUAGGAAUACCAUAGAAAAGUCACGGGUACAAUUACAAUCACAUAUAUAUAAUAAAAAGUAUUUGAUCAUAGCUUCUAGAACAAUCAGAUGGAUGACAUCGUUUGGUGAAGAACGUUAAAUUUUAUUUUCAAUGGGGGGUCAGAUGGCAUUCUCCCCCAGGGAAAUUUUGAGAUUCAUAGUCUCGGGAACGGCAAAUUCCGGCAUUCUGGGAGACUAUAUGACAGUAAUAUCCAUGCAUAUUUUACUUUAAAAUUGUUCAAAACGAUUUGCACGAAUGACCUCAUCCAGCCGGAAUCAGGCUGAAUGCAGUAUUCGUUGACCUUUUUAGACAAAGUCUUAAUCAGAAGUUACUCUUUAGCUUUUCUUAAAGUUAUUUAAUAUCCAACUACAACUGUCUUUAUAAUGGUAUAUGGCUUUUCCCAUUUUUGUGUCUGUCAUUCGCCAGUAACCCAAAUCCCAUUUCCCACUCCAAAAAUAGACAAAUCCCAGUUCUCAUUUUACCUGAUUUUACAGAUUAUUCAGACUUAGAAAUUAUCACACCACCCUGUCAGUCCUGCAAAGACCCUGUCAGCCCUGCAAAGACCCUGUCAGUCCUGCAAAGACCAUGUCAGUCCUGAAAAGACCCUGUCAGUCCUACAAAGAUCCUGUCAGUCCUGCAAAAGACCCUGUCAGUCCUGCAAAAGACCCUGUCUGUCCUGUAAAGACCCUGUCAAUCCUACAAAGACCCUGUCAGUCCUGCAAAGACCCUGUCAGUCCUGCAAAGACCCUGUCAGUCCUGCAAAGGCCCUGUCUGUAAUUAAUCUCGAACAUAAGUUACCAUUUAAUAUUAGACAAAAAUCUAAUCGUUCAUAUAUCAAGCGCUUCCGCGCACAUUCAAAGCUCCUUGUGGGUUGACCGUGUGCCGGCAUUUGGUCGGCGGAAAACCCAUAUUAUAUAAUUAUUCCUGUUUUUAAUUUCUUGUAAUUUCUUGAUUUCAUUUAAUAGACCUGGUGAUAUUGACUAUAUGAUAUAGUCCGUGCUAUAUCAGAUAUAAAACACUCGAGCUGCGCUCCCGCGCUUUAUAUCUGAUAAAAUGACUGCUGCUCGUGUUUUAAAUAGUACAUUAAUUAAACAUUAUUGAUUGGCACGACAUUUGUACGUAAGUAGACGAACAUGAGAUCAGCAAUAUUGUAGGGGGGGGGGGGGGGGGGGGGGGGGGGUUCUCCGUGGGGGCUUGCAGCCUGCAAAAAUAAAAUAUAUGUGCAGGGUCUUACGAGGUUGAUAUAUGUGUAGGAUUAGUGGCCUCUAUUAAUAUAUCAUGCUGGCCGGAUGAGUUGUGUCUAAGAUUGUAGAAGCUUUUGCUGCAAUUGCAAGUAUUAACUUCAAAACUGCGAUGAAAUAUACGUAUAUAAGCUUUUCUAUUUUCUACUUUCAAUAUUGUUAUCCAUAAGAGUGAGUUCCCACAGUGACGUCAUAGGGGUAGUUUCGGUUACAGACUCAUUAUAAACAUAAAAAACAUUUUACGACAUGGAAACUUUAAAAAUAUUUAGAAAACGUUGUUGCUGAAACAUUUUUUCCUAGUUGGCAUGUUUCCAGAAGGUGGGCAAACCAAGAACAUUUACCAGCGUAGAAAACUACUAGUGCAGGGUAACUUUCUCAGUUUCUAUAACAAAUACUGGCUGUUGCAUCUUCAGACAAGGCCGUUAAAAUCUACGCGGAAAACAAUUUCGCGAGACAACAAUCGCACUUGCAAAACAAUCUUUCUGAAUUUGUUGGAUAAACAGCGAAACAUUUCAGGAAAUAUCAUGUUUUCCGAUGUUUCUAUAAGAGCGUUUUCUAAUUUUGUCCAUGCCUUAUAGCUUUUUAAUUACGGCAGAUGUUUUCCAGCAAUCACGCAAUCGCCUCGCAUAUAAAUGAAGGCGGAGUAGUAUACAGGCAAAACACAAAUUGCCCUAAUAUAAUUUGAUUCUCAUUUUUGAUCUACUUAUCAGUAAAUUGCACUUAGGCCUGCUGGCGAGAUGUUGGAAAGAUAUAAACACAUGUAUAAUCCUUUUUAAAUUCUUGGCCUUCCUUAUCGCUGAAGACAUGCAACGGCUGCAAAAUAGAGAUUUAUAUAAUUGGCAAACAAACCCUAUUAUUCUAUGUAUUCGUAUUAGUAGUACAUCAAUUUCUAUCGUUCGCUCUCAUAAUUUAUAACAUAAUAAAUGAGUUUAGGCCUUCCGUAGCUCAUUAGUCUCAUUUGCUCAAUCAAUUUAGCUAGUAAUUGGCCACAAUCUGAUAACGAAUUAUUCAUAAUAAAAUAUUUAAAACAUCUUAUAGAUUCGGAUUAAUUAGAUGGGAUUUUUAUCACAAAAAGGUUAUCAAAUACACAGUACGGAAAAGGCUAUAAAUUUUGGAGAUAUGAUAGCCAGACUGAAUGACUGAUAUGAAACAGACAAUUUGAAAAUAUUUCUCAUUAUAUAUAUUUCGAGAAUGACUUCUAGACAGUUUGGGUUUUAGUAUAUAGAAAAUAUUACAUAAACGUUUGUUUAAAAUAUUAUAGUUAUAACAGUUUUAUAGUUAUUACAGUAUUACAGUUUUAUAGUAGUUACCGUAUAUAUAUAUACAGCUAUAUAGAUGCAUGUUAUUUUAACAGUGAUUUUAACUCGAACCAUAUGGUACGGGCAUUCUCGUUGUUAAAAUUCCUAAAUUAUCGUAUUCGUUAAAUAAUCGUGAUUUUCUCAGGACGUUUUCUUGUAAAUGUGAAAUAUAUUUCUCGCACGAUGCAAGUUUUGUAGACUGGGAAAAACUGUUAUUAUUGCUGCCACUUGCCAUUAAAGUGUUGAACUGUCGAGAAUUUAUACUAAUUGUUUGUAUUUUCUCUUGCAUUCUGCAAAAUAUGACACUGAUGUAUGUAGCACAGACAUGCAAGUAAUGAAUUGGAGGCAGUCAGGCGACUAUAUAUCAAUGCGAAUCAAGCUUCUAUACAACGUGGAUCUAAACAUACUUUAGUUAUAGUAGAACCAAAACUGACCUGAAACAUUACCUUACACAGUAUAAAUUGCUCUCUCUAUCUCUUUCUGCAUGAUUGGUUGACUGGCGAUAAAAUUGGCAUUUUAUCUUAUUGGAGGGCAUUUUUCGUAACAAACUUCAACGGAAUAAUUUUCCACAUCUUUCCACCUUAAUGUUUGCAAAGAACUCGGGAAAGAUUUUUAACAAUAAUUGGCAUAUACUGAUUUAGGCAUUCAAGCAUCACUACAAUUAUAACAGCAGAUUAAAGGGGGGGGGGGGGGGUAAAAGUUUCACGGAAAAAGAAAUGAAUGGGGUGUCGGACUCUAUAUAGUCGGGUUUUUUAGUUCAAUAUCCCACCUUCUCCCAUGCAUACUGCGAUUAUCAAAUUCAAAUUACCCAACCUGCAUGCAUGUCCAUGUAUCAAAGAUUUCCUAGCAUUUCUACACCUGUUAAGAUAAUUUUAAUUUCCUCUUGUAUUGCCACACAGUGACCAAAAAGGACCUCACUCGACCGCUAUAUCGGAAGAACAGUUUUAAAAUGAUCGAGGGAGGUAUCCCAGAGUUUAACGUAGUUCAGUUUAACGUAGGUUUGGUCUCAACAUUAUAGAUUAAAAUUUGAAAUGAUUGAGAGAUGCUUAUCUACAUUCUCACAGCCAUCACAACACAAAAUCAGUUGCGUGUUUCAACACCCCAGUUCAUAUGCAUAGAGGGGAUGUUCCGGGGGAGGAGGGGGGAGGGUGAGAUGGAAUGGCACCCUAACAAAAAGUCACCAUCAACCAGUGCAAAUUGGUUUUGAGAGAUACCUAAUUUCUCCUUAUAGCCUAUAGUGGGUUUAUAUCAUUUAAAUUUUUAUUUGAUUUUCAUCUAUCAGACAAUUUUUUACGAUUAAUCCAAUAUCUUCAUGAGUCAACAUCUGAAAUUCUUCAAUAUUGUUUGAACAGAAAAAAAAGUUUGUUGAAAAAAAAAAGGUUUGAAAAUUACCUUUUCGGUCAGACGUUGCAGUUAAAAAAAAGUAUGACGUUUAAUUUACCCGAGAAUUUUUUCAACUAUGAUAUAAAUAGGUAUAAUUAUACGUGUUUGUUAUUGUGAUAAGUUUCAUGUUGGUAUUAUUUACACUGCAGACAAAUCAGAGUCUUGCCGGGUAAAUAUUGAUUAAAAUUGCUUUGUUGUGGCCAUGCACACGCAGUCCAAUAUCAAUUGUUCUCACAAAUAAUCCCAGCCCCGGUUCACCGUUAGUUAAUAUUGGAAUAGCCUUAAAUGAAUUUCCAGCAUUGUAUGACGACCGCAGCGUUUAGUUACAGGCGGGCUGCUUGAGAAAUGCUCUUUAAAUCUAUUGUGUGCACUUAACUUUAGCCUAAUUUGAUUUGCGUGCCACUCAGCACUUAGCAGUGGAUUUUAAGUGAGUUCAUACAUCUUUAAUACAAAAGCACUAUUCGUUGGAAGUAAUUGAAUUCAUUAAAAGCCUAAAGUGUCUUUCCGGAUCACGCUGGGGUGCGAAUGGGAGUUGAGAUGAUGCGUGUUAUUCCUGGGGAGCGAGGAACGGUCGAGGAUCGUGGAAAGAGUGGACUUAACCCUGAUAAAAGGAACGACUGAGUCAAACAGUUAUCAUAAUUAAACAGUUUUUCUUUAUCAAGGAACCUCUAUAAAUCCUAAAGGCUGAACUGUUCUCUCUGACGAUGGGUGGAGUAACGGUUAAUAUUGGCCAUGUCUUAUUACUGCAAGAAACAAAAUCUAAACUAUUUUUAUUAAUACUGAAAAGUGAAGAAUAGACCUUAGCUCAAGACGUCGAGAAGCGACUGUAACGCAGUUUCCUCUCAACAUGCAGGCAGACUAAAUUAUUGCACAAGAUUGUUUGUAUCAACGUACGUCUGCUACCUCCAUUUAGCUUCAAACUGUCAACCAAAGCUACAUCAGCAUAAACUGUUCUACACUAAGGUCCAGCAAAGACCAUCUCUUUGAACCAGUGAUAUUACAGGAGGAAACCCAAACUUAAAUUUAUGAAUACUGCAUGGUAGCACGUGUACUAUAUAAUAACCACACCGUACAUGCCCACGGGUGUUCCUAAAUGGGGAAGCAGAUUUCCCGGAGAAAACCUGUGGUAUUUGUUAGUUCGUAGACUGGGAGAAAUCCUGUCUAGUCAUGUGUUUUUCAUACGUGCGGAAAACGUUAAAUUAAUUUAAAUGUUACUCAUAUGAAAUACUACUAAAUGAACAAAAAGACGACGUUUACAGUUUUGUGCAUGACUCACUUAAUGACUAAUGUGUAUUUGUGAGGUAAUUAGUACCUCCUAUAAAGUUUAGUAAGAUUUAGAUUGUAGGGUGAUUGAGAGCCGGGGGAGGGGGUGUGCUAAUCAUCCUUACUUGCAGCUGAGAGUUAAGCUGAAUUACGAAGGACGCAGCUCAACCUGAUCGAGUCGAAUGUUUUCUAAGGGCGCCUCUGGCAGCCACCUUAUGACUCAUGUCUGGUCACGGUGUACAGCUACGGGGGAAGGGUCAGUUAGGGGGUUAAUCCCAACCCACCCUGUCAAUAUUCCCUGUGCGGGAAGGUAACGGGAGGACCCGGAGAAAACCCAUGACUAGAGCGUUGACUGACUCUUUUCACACAAGUUUCAUGCGUCAGUAGCUAGAAUCGAUCUCAGACUGAAGUGAAGAGGGUCUUGCCCUGACCUCGACGAUUGCCCCACCAAAGCCCCUAAUUAUAGAGAGAUACUCAUUGAGUUUAUUCAGAAUUUGCUUAUAAAUCCAAUCUUAUAAAAUCAGCUUAGCUUGUUUAAACAAUGUCAGUUAAGUCUAUCUAUCUAGCUCCAUGAAGGUCAGCACUUCUGAAGUCAGUUGCCACGCAACUGGUGUCCAAUACUAAGUCUAAGUAUACCAUACUUUUUACAUAACAUGACUCUGUGUUUGAAAUUGCGUUGCAUGUCCCAGCAGAAAAUAUCUGGUGUAGGUAUAUAAUUUUCUCCUAUGUAUAUUUAUAAACUACGUACAGCUAUAUAUGCAAACGCGUCGGUUAUUUAGAAAGAUAAGAUUUUUCAAUAUGGAUCAUUAUAUAUCAUAUAUGGAUAUCGUCUUUGUCAGUUUGGGCAAUUAGAAGUAAAUUACAGGCCGGGCAAUAAUCACGAAUUUCGCUGAUGUCUUUGCGAAUGCGACAAGGACGCCUACACUAAUUAUACCGCAUAAAUUAGAACCUUCGUAUGGUAUUAGCAGACCAAGGAAUGGACUAUGAAAACGGAUGCAACCGUAGAAAUUAUAAUUUUGUAUGGUUUUCGUUCACUAUCACGAACAAAAUAUAACAAAGAAAAGGUGCUAUUUUCGAAGGGAAAAUGUGCCUUUAUACGUUUUUGUCCUAGUUCGUUCCAUGACCAUCCAUCAGUCAAAGAACCCGCUGUUAACCAUCUCCUACACGCCCUCUGAGCCAAGACCUUCUUCCUUUUCCUUUUCCCAAAUUCCUCUUUCCUUUUGCCAAGUGGCAGCUGGCCUCCCUUUUCUCCUCUCAUCCUCAGUAACUGGUAUUCCGUCGCAACCUUGGUAUAUUUCUUCAAGUAGAGACAUUCGAGGCCGUGGCCGAACCAACUGACAAUUCUUCUCAGUUAGUCUGUCAAAAAUUUCUGGCUUGCCCUUCGAUGGAUGGAGCGAGUCUAAUUUCUCGCUAUCUGUGGCCUUUAUGCAGCUACCAUGUUUCACUUGUAUAAAGCAAAGAAAGUAUAGUGCCUUCAACCAACAAGUUGCUUCUUUGCUUCGUUGACUGUAUGCGUUCUAAAUAAACUGCAACCCUUACUCCCCCUUCCCCACCGACACCCCCCUACCCCACCCACAUCCUCCUGCCACCACCACCAAUACUAAUUUCGGCGUCCAUGAUCCAUUGCGGUUUACAUCUCAGUCUACUUACCAACUGGGUCCAGCGUACUCUACUCCGUUCCUUAUUUCGUCCACCGCCCAUUCAUAUGUAUAUUGCUUGCCUAAGUGGGCUCUUUAAGGGCCUUUCUUUACGAACCCCCGAUGUUUUCAUUUAUUUGUUUUUCUUUUGAUUGCAUUAAACGAAUAUUUACACUUUAAUUUUCCUGUUCAAUGCAGCCAGUAUAGCGGCUUUACAAGAGUUUUGGAGAGAAAGCUAUCUAGGCGUUUGCUUUAGAUUGACUACAAUAGCACUCUAAAGCUGAUGAUAGUUAUCUGUGCACAGUAGACGAUUGAAAUUGGCCGUGUUUUGACCCGCGCGUUGUGUGCACACAACGACAAGUAAUUAGUUUAAACCACUUGAAAAGUAAAAUAUACAUUCUAAGUGAGAUUAAACGCAUAUUGAUUUCUCUAGAUUCGAUGUUUCAACUCCUUUCAGUCUUUGAGUUGGGCAGCCACAACAGAUAUCCGUUCUGAGACAAAGCCGUGACAUUUGGCCCAAUGACUUAUUGAAUGACCAAUGGUAAUCACUUAAGCAUUGUGCAGUAGCGUUGUUCGUGGUCGCAGCGUGUUUAUCAACAACAAAUUCGAGUCAGAUAACGGACAUAAUUACCGGGGCACCCUGUUAACUUGCUUAUAAAAGACCCUUACGUCAAAUGCAACAAAGAUUACUCACACAGCAGGUUGAGGUAUCACAUCGCAGACAUUCUGGUGGAAGCGAGAAGAAACAAGAUUGAAACUCCAUCUACCUCUAACUCCCAGCCACUAGAACCUAACCUAAAAUAGCAGCUGUAAACUACACGAAGUCGCCAAAACUAUGUCUCAAGAGGUAGAGCCAGGACGAACCAGCGAUCCCCACUCAAGACUAACUCGGCCUCAUCCUUUCAGCGUUGUAUCGCUAAUGCGCGACCAUGGUUUGCAGAAAUCUCACACAAGCCCACCACCUGUAACGAAAUCUGAACACAAAUUCUCGGUAGAAAGCCUACUGCAGCACAACAGUAGCAGAGAUCAGCAAGGAAGCAUAACAGUGCGGGAACCAGUCAAAUCUAGUCUCAAUCUCGAGGAACGUAUGAUUAAAGAUGGAUUCACAUCGUGGCUUAAUUCUCCAAGAUAUAGCCCAGCAAGUAAGCAUAAAUUAUGGAAUAGUACUAGAAUAGGAAUGGUAGUGCGAUAUUUGUUAAUAAAUAUCAGUUUUAGUACAAGUAAAUCUAAGUUUAAAACAUAUAGUGCUAUUAGGUAUUAUGUCGACAUUAGGAAGCUAAUGUCGGAACUGAAUGAUCUCUUCUUGGUCGUAAUUAACUGGCUAUACGGAAAUGAUGAAAGGAAACUUCGACGUUAUGAGCGAAGAUUCUUCGUCUAGAAGAGUAGAAUCUAUACAUUCAACACGAUAGAGACAUCACUUUGGGAGAAUGAACUUGAAUCAGAUUAAUUGAUGCUAAGUGAUGCUAACCUAAGUCCAAACAGCUAGCCGGUGUUGAAAGUUUACAAAUAGUAUAUUUAGAAUACACUAGUUAUAAAGAUGUUGAAAUGACACCAAAGAAAUCGGAAUGAAUAUAGAUAAGAUUGGUGAAUCUCAGUUUUACUACAAUUGCAUGCGCACUCAGGCAUUAGAUUUGAGCUCUAAUAUAAAGUGGCGCAAAAAACAUCCAAGGAGUGUACAAUGUACAAAUACAUGUACGUUUAGAUAAAACACUGAGCAUGACGUGUUUUAAGGAAAGCAUCAUCGGGAAAUAGGAAUCACGACAUGUUACGAUUUGCUGCAGUAAUAUAUUUUAUAUAGCCUUUUGACUUUGAUUGUAUCUGCAUAACUGUGUUCGAAUAUAACGCAUGGCAUGUCAUCAUUAUAUAUAUAUAUAGCUGGCCUAGUUGUAAGAAUUCCCGAGAUUGUGUAUCAGUAAUGGUGAAACCAACACUGAGAAAAGGAAUACAGAUCCUCAGUACGGAUACAGCCACUAAUCACACGAGAGAGAAAGGCAUUAAUUUGGUGAAGUUUUAUUCAAUGUCCAAUGAACACUUCUCAGCCCUAAUCUCGGCUCUACACAGAGAUAACUAUAUUUGUGCAUGUAUUAUACUUCCCUAUUUUAUUUCCUUCAGUCAUGCCGUUUUUGCUCAUAGAUCUUCUUUGCCGGGCUAAUUAUGAUCAUUGAGCAAACAAUUACCACUGUACUCUGUACGUCUGCCAAUCGUGAAAUUUAGAGGAAAAAAAGACCAAUUUGUCAAAGAGAUUACAGAUCAAUUGAGUGAGAAUAUAAAUUGAGAGACUUCAACAGAGUUGGCGAUCGCAACUCAGGAUCCCAGCAGAAUAGUGUUUUGUCAUGUCCUUUUAACCGAAUAUUUUCUCCAGUCACUUAUAAGACAGACGAGACUAUGAUGUGACGUUCUGAGCUUUGAAGGGAAUUUCUUUCAAAGCCCAGAACUGCACUUUUGUCUUUUGAUAUAGAUUUGGGCAUUUGGCUUGCGAGAAUCUAUGUAUAAUGUCUAUUUUUGUCAAUGCAAUUUGUAUAACGUUUUUAUCGAAAGGCAUGCAUGCAUGCGAAGACUCUUCGUGUAUUGACAGUUAUAUAGGAAUAUCCAUCGGCUCACAUUAAAACGAAGAACUAUUAUCAAGGUUAUUUAAAUGAUUCACUUGCUUAUAUCAGCUUCUAGUUUCAUUUCGUUUACUUCACUGCUUGGAUAUAAUUAAUAAGCUGUUUGUUUUGAUACUAGGCCCUAUGUAUACAAUUAUGCAUGAACACAGCCUGGCAUGAACACUAAAAGCUACUUGUGGCAUUUCAGCAUAGAAUGCGCCAGACUUUGUAUAAUUGCUCUCGUCAAAUACACAUUGAAGAUUGUGAAGAUUCGGGUCUCUGGACGAACAUUCAUCCAAGUUUGAUAAAUGUUUAUACAUAAACAUACAUUUGUCACCAGACGUUUUCAAGCUAUCAUCAAGUCACUCAUUUAAGCCCAAGGGCAGGGCACGAAUUAGAUCUGCAAUGUUCUGAUUAGCAGUGAGACGCUAUGCCUAUCUAGCGGUCUAGAAAAUUAUUUUAAAUUUGAUAACAACUAACAGUAUUUGCCGAAACACUAGCCAAGUUUUCGCCGGUACAUUUUUUGAAGGUAUAGCAACUGUCUGACAUGGUGACAUUGCAAUAAAAAAACAAGAAGUGAUCCACUCAGAUUUUUGCAAGCCAAUUAAGAUGCCGAAAAAUCUCUUUAGUUCCAUUCCGCCAUGAUUGCGGCUUCACGCGUAGUCGUCGGUAGGAAUAAAUGGAAAUAUUUGAAUCAUUAAAAAAAAAUAAUGAUAAUUUGAGCCAUUAACCCGCCCUUUAUAAUUUCAGUGCUAGAAUACAAAAAUAUGUUCAACGCUAUAAAUAGGCGCAGAAUUAUACUGCCCACAUAGACGGAUUCGAUAAAUGCUUGUUAUACUCGCACUCUUUUUUCUUCCGUAUUUCAUUUCAACCAAGGUAAUAACUGCCGCCUUACAGAACACUUCAAGACUAACAGUUUUACAAAACAUAUAAAAUAGAACACAAUGCCAUGUAUUCUCAUCGAGCAAUUGUUUAAGAUUGUUUUGGUGCUUUUUGGAAAUUUCAAAGGGCUAUUCACUUGCAUGGAUCAUUUUCAAUCUUGGCUUUUACACUUUGCCUUAAUAACUGUCUUCAUCGAGAAGUCUACUAACUUAUCCAGACGAAGGGCGUUCGCUCGAAACGACGAAAUUCCCCAACCCCUUUAAAGUUUUUCUUCCCUCCUCAGUAUUGGCAAUGUUGCAAUCUUUGUUAUUUGAAGAUUUCCAAGAUUGUAUACGCUCUCAGCUUUUCCGUAUCAUUUUACGACUUUAACCACACGAAAACAAUUUCCUCAACAUGCAUGCGUGGGUGAGAAGCCAAAAAUAGACUAAGACAUUUAUGAAAGUGCUCUAAAUACCGAUAAACGCGUUUUACAAAUUGUCGAGAUGAUUCUUCCGGCCUUCUUGAAUGUUAUUUUAUAAUUUAAAGAUAAUUAUUGACAAUUAACAACAUCAUGUAUCAGGCGGCGUUUAUAAUUGCAACAGUGAAUAGAACUUUUAUAAUUAUGUUUCUGGAAUGAACGAUGCUUUUUUUACUUGUUUUCCAAAUUUCUGAUCCGUAACAUUAUCAACGCAAAUGAAAUAUACAAACAAAUAGUCCCUAUGAUGAAACAGCUCUGUAAAGUACCAUAGUUAUUUCAAAAGGGUAACAUCAGUAAGUGAUAUAAUUUUGACGGUCUGCAUGUGCCAGUGGAGGUACUGCCAAUAAUAAGAAAGGGAUAUAACUGAAAAAUGGAAGAGAACUUUUACGUUUCGAGCGAAGGACCUUCGUCACUUUCUUCGUCACUUUCUUAACAAGUACAUCAAUGAUGCUUGUGAUGUUACUCUUAGAGUGUAUCCACACCGGGUAGGCUUGAAACAUAUGCCUGGCCACGGUGGGAAUCGAACCUACGACCUUUGGAAUACUAUCCCAAUGCUCUGCCAACUGAGCUUACGUUACACCAACACUGAAAAAAUUCAUGUACAUCAAUAUGUGAUCUCUGACAUAUUUUCAGAAUUGCAUCUGUGAUCAAAUAAUGAUUUCUCCAUACUUAUAGUGUCAUAUUUAAAAGUAAUGUUAGGAAUAUGGCCCACGGUUCAUUCUAACGAUAUUUUUGGAUCAAUAAGGGAUGGCUAAUGCUCUCUAUCUAUAGGGAGAGAAAGUUAAUUUAGAUAGAACGUUAAUUUAGAUAAAGAUUUAGUGUGUACAUGCAUAUCGGUUUUCAUUUUGAAAGAUCUAAUGUUUCUCAUUAUUUUUACCAGGAAUCCGAACGCAGAUCAGUCCAACCAAAUGCCAGCUUCGUAAACACAAGACGAAUCGCAAACCCCGUACGCCUUUCACGACAACGCAACUUCUAGCUCUGGAAAGAAAAUUUCGACAAAAGCAAUACUUGUCUAUCGCCGAACGAGCCGAGUUCUCUUCGUCGCUGAACCUAACAGAAACUCAAGUAAAAAUUUGGUUUCAGAAUCGCAGGGCAAAGGCAAAGAGACUACACGAGGCAGAAAUUGAGAAGUAUAAAUUGGUAACGAAGCCUAUUCUGCUACCACCAAGUGUUCCCAUUGCACCACACUCGUACGCAACUACACGAAAUACUUGUACGGCAGGUUGCGCACAGAAUCAUCCACAUGGUUUACACUCGCCUUUACAUUAUGCUCCUCAAGGACAAUCACCUUAUAUGGGUCUAAACUGCCCCACAAUGCAUCAUCACGCAUUACCACCAGGUUUUGGACUCUUGUGUGCACCAACGAGAGCUCCUAUAGCAGACCUAAGUCAUUUCGUUUAUCCAUAAACGAUCAAACUAAAAAAAGUCGUGGAGAGAAAGGAAGAAUCUUGCAUGGUUCCUAUACAUGAGACUACGACUGAGGCCUACAAUACUAACGCUGCCACCAAUUAAUGUUCCAGUAAUGACGAAUAUAGACAUGUCUCUCUAAUUCUAGUACUAUGCCUAUGGCCUUUAAAACGUAUAAACUCUCAAAAGGAAGGAACAAAGCUGCAGAGUUACAAGCCUACGACCUAUAGUGUCUGCCCAUGCCACUAAUGUUCCAGGUAUAUGCGCAAGAACAAUGAACAAUAUCUCAGAGAUAUUGUUGGAAGAAACUUCAUGGUUUUGAUUUCUCAGUUGUCACACGUAUAUCUUGCAUUGUCUCAAGUGAAGGACAGAACAAUUUGAAACAUGUAUAUAUAGUAUUUAUUUAUUUCAUGAAACUUCGAACAAAAUUAAAGUAUCAUUGAUAUCAUUUUGCUAGUUAUGUAAAUACUGAUGAAUUGUAUAUUUAUUUAAGGAAAAUAUCAUGUUGUAUAAUAUUAAUGAAUGCAAACAUUUAAAAACAUUUGAUUGUGUCUCAUUAUAGUACCCAACACAAAUGUCCCCUGGGCUCUGGAUACUGGAUAGUCUAUAGUUUUGAUGUAUACACAGAAGCAUGCAGCGUUUGUGCAAAUCAGAUACAAUGACAAUUUUAUGACUUCAUCGACAAUUAAUUCCUUCUUUGUUGUUUGGGAAAACACAUUAAUUUUACUUACUUCGCAAAGCCUUUCUAUUCAUAAGCCAAUACUCCCACCAUAUAAUAACAAAAUAAAUAAAUAAACAAACAAAUAUGUCACAUAAUGUAUCAAUAUUGUCAUGAAAUCCUAUCAUUGACAUUGAAGAAGUUUACUGAAUAUUGCUUUUGAAAAUAAUUACGAUUUUAUGUUUGUUUUCGAUAAUACAUAUCAUUCAUACCUAAAUUAGUAUUUCUAUCUUAUACAAUUACAAGUCUUGUUAUAAACAUUUGUACACAUAUUAUCGAAAAAAAUUGUUCACUUUAUCGAGGCAAAAUCGCUAUACGUCUAGCUGCCCCUGUUGAUUAAUUAAAAUAAAACGAGAAUCUGAAUGACCUCCAAGGUCAUGACUGCAAAUUACAGACACACAUUCCGCCUCUUAUCGGAUAAUUGCCGUGAGUACUUGACACAGAUGGUCGAGAAACGCUUAUAUGAAACAAUUUGUCACAGGAAAUUAUCGCCAGUUAUGUUUAUUGCUUGAAAUUAUCUGUCUAUAUAGGUGCUUCUUCAACAGGAUACAUGCAUAUAUGACCAUAUAUAAUAGUCUUAUAUGUAUGAGAUGAUUGUGAUCAGUGACCUUAUGGACACGGAUAUUUAUCAUCAUCAUGAUAUUUUUAUAUAUUGAAAGAUCGUAUAGAAUUCUUCACCUCUAUAUACGAAAUCAUCCCUAUUGCCAGCUAUAUCUAGAUGAUAGAAGCCUAUGCUAUUUAGGUUUCUUAACAUAAUAAUAAGUUAUAAUAGAAAAAACCCAACACUGUAUAUAUUGACCUAUUUAGUCAAUUGCAUGAGAAGAACUACUAUUUUGGAAUCAAAUCAUGCAAGUAUUUUAAACAGACGAGAUAGCGUAAAUACAUGUGUGGACCACUUUUUAAUAGGAAUGUACGUUCAAUAAGGCAUAAUUAGCGGCAACGGUCAGUCUUGUUUCGACAUGUUUUCUCGUGCUAUUCCCUGUGAAGAUAUAUUCCAAAGAUUGGAUUGGACCACAUAAAAGUUUCUAGUGUGGUCAUGCACACAAUGGCGUCAUCAAAAUCAGAAUUUCAAUGAUUUAAAUUGUGUGUUGGGAAGUGAUUUACAAGUGUUGGUGAAACGUCGACAGAAUAGACCACACAUCUUUACAUGCGGGUUCAAUCAAUCAAGCAUUCUCAAGGUCUGAAAAUCUUCUGGUAAAAAUUAUUCUAAAUGCAUGAACAGACAACUCGUAUAUAUACCUCACAAAUUUUUUUUCAACGCCAACGCUAACAACAAAUUUAGAAACACUAUACGUAUAUCUUUACAGGCUUUAUGUUUUGUCUUUUUUUAAAAUUGUGCUUUAAUUAGGUCUGAAAACUCUUUGAUAUAAAUCUACAAUGUCAAAUACAGUGAUACAUGCGUGGACCCUAUUGUAUAGUGCACUUAAGACAUAAGUACUUACUUAUCACACAUUAAUUUCCACUCAAAUCAAAUCACUAAAAAUAAAUCAAUUAGGAAACUUCCAUCUUAGUACAUGAUACUAUAUAAGUCAACAAUCUGAAAUCAUGAUUUGUAAGGCCAUAUGUGUAUAUGACUGAAUUUGUUUGAUAUCUUUUUACGCCUCUUAUCAAUUGCAUCGAAGACUCUCCAACAGAUCAGCCACAUUUUGAAAAAUCCUCGAGGCAAAAAGUCUGGACCUGCUUGUCAUUGCGACAUAUAAAAGUUAUAAACUCGUAUAUGUAUAUAUAGCAACAAAGUUUAUAUAGGAAUUUAGGUUCAAGGCUUUCUUGAUUCUUAGGCUAUAGCUGGUCAAUGUGCUUACAUGCCUUUCUCAAAAACACUGCGUGGCCUUUCCACAAAGCAGACGAACUUAAACGCUGUGCAAUCUUACAAGGAACUUGGGUUUAUUCCGCUAUGAACUAGUUCCGCCGGCUCUGAGCUGUAAUUACUGUAUAUUAAGCCCCGCGUUCAAACGAGUCAAACAUCGUCCAAAAAUCAAAAUUGUUGGUUGGGCGAUGUUGGCCAACAGAGAGGUUCAGAUUUUGACUAUACACUACCUUAACCAAUCAGAUGCAUUCAUGCCACUCGAUGAACCAAUCAAAUGCGUAUUAAGUCAAAUCCGGACCUCUCUAAUGUUGGGGAAGUGUGUUCAAUGUUCCGACACGUAAUCGUCCAAUGUUGCAUCAUGUUGCACAAUGUGAGAUGAAGAUUUGAAACAACUCCAAACCCAAUCCAACAUAAGCCUGCAUUAUAUAUACCACAACACAGUGUUCAAACGAAGGCAACAUGUUGCAUCCAAGCAACAAUCGCUCGGACGAUUGUUGGACCAAUAUUUUGGUCUCGUUUGAACCAGUGACGUAGCCAGGAUUUCUAGUCAGGCCCGAAAAUAUCCCAAGAGGGGCCAAAGCAAUUUUACCCUGCGCUAGUUCGAAUGAGGUUUGAGUUUAUUAUGUGAAAAUGUAUUUGGACUCCCACGUUAUCCGUGCAUAAUAAAUACAAUGAACGUUUGGGGGUGGGGGGUUAUUAAAUCCUAGAGUCGGUAGGAGUGCCAUUUUAAAUCAAGCAUUUUAGGGGCGAUUGUAUUGUGUUUUGGUGAUUUUAAAUAACCAUUUAACAUCUAACAACUCUACUUAAUCACAAACGAAUCCAUAGCAUUUUAAAUAUACUGCAAGAUAUGACAUUUCCAUUUCAAGAAAUGAAAAUAUAAUGCACAUGCUUGUCAGAAUGUCUUCAAGAGGAGCCCAAUAUUUUGCCGGGGGCGGGGGGGGGGGGCUAAUAACCCCCAACUUGUUUGAAACAUUGAAGUGUUUUUAACUCUUUUAUGUCGUUCAGAAACCAACCACAGGAACUAUAGUAUCCAUUGUAACAAUUAAUGGAGCAAUGAACAUUACAUGGACAAUAAUCUCCAGAAUGUUACAUUCUAUUUUUCUCAUUCAAUUGAGGUCCUACCUACACCUCAUGUAGACAACACAUUAGUCAUGACACAAUACACUAUGUAGUAGCCUUUUGUUCAGUAAAAGCAUUGGGAUAACAUGAUUGUUCAGAGAUAAUAUUUGUGAAAAUUGCUUUUUGAAGUCAUGCCAAUUUGUUGUAUACCUUCGUAAAUAACAGAUGAUAGUUCUCUUAUAUUAUUUAAUUGGGAACGAAUGUUUGGAAAUUGAAAGGAGAAUUUCUCAAUAAGUCAAAUCAAAAUGCAUUAGGCUAUUACGAAAGAGAGGCCACACGUAGAUGACCAAAAAACUAGAUCUAUCUAUCUUCAGUUUCUUUCUGCUCAUAUGCAAUAAACUACUUGCUACCAUUUCCUACUUGGAAAUUGCACCAUGCUACAAAUUUCUACCUGCGUUUUAAGAUAUAUUCAAAGACGAAAACUAUAUCACUGCGCGGCAUUGAGUGAAUUGUGUGGUUUUAACUGGAAGUAAAAUGCAUACUGCAUCUGUGCCAUGAUUGUGAUUUGUGUCUGUAGUUUUCAUGUACAAAAUAUUUGUACUUUAAAACAUCUCAAUCACAGACACAGUAUCUCUAUCAUCACUAAGCCAUCAACAAGCUAUCUCAAUUAACAUCUUAAAACCCUCGAUACACAACACAAAUUAUUCCAUGUUUUCAAAAACAAUGUGCACUUUGAAGGUGCAAAUUGCUUUGCCUGCAGGAAACUUCACUUAAAGAUUGGUAUGCAUCUCCUGCGAGGGAGUUCUAUAAUAAGGCUUUUCAAUAACACUUAAAAGCCUUUGUUGUGUCUAUAAUGCUAGCACCGUAGCACGCAACAAAGAAUAUUCUCAUGUGCGCGCCAAAAUCAAGAAUGCGUGUUAUAGCCAUUUAUAACGUGCUCUAAUUUGUGGGCUAUUAUUGCUAACGGCACUUAACGUUAUUAAUAAGAGGACUUGACCUUAUAUUGCUGAUAUAAAGCAUCACUCGUGUAGGCAAUUAUAGUUAUAAACUUAAGAGCGUAUGAGGGGCGUUCUAAUUUAUUUCAAAUGUACGAGUCAUUCAAUUUCACAAUGCAUUUUACGAUGCACUUACGUAGUCGAAUUUUCCAUCCAAUAAUUGUCGCACAAUGAUAUCCUAAAAAUGCAUGUAACAUUUUGGUGUAUAACGAUUGUGAUGGUGUAUAUUUGGUUUAUAGAAAUUGUGAUUGCGUAACUAUUGUAGAUAUAUUAAGAUUGUGAUUGCGUCCAUGUUUCAUCACCUGCAAACAUGUGCCAUAAAUGUUCAUAUCACUCUUUCUAGAAAUUAGUAGUAAUUGUUGCCUGUAGACAUGAAACCUUUUUAUUAAGUAUAUUAAGGUGUAUUUAGAGCCUCAGUAAUAUAGGGCGUAAUGAAAAGCCAGAAGGCAUGUCACAUCAGUCUAUUUUCUAAAGUCUAAAGAUUCUGCGUGUUUCAUCAGCAACAAACACGUGUUAUGAAUAUUCAUACCACUGUUCAGGUCGUUCUAGAAAUUCAAAGUAAUAUAUAUGUAGCAUUGUAGGUAAGACUGCUAUAAUUGUGGCAUGAUACAACUUUACCAUGAAGAUUAAAGAAUGUAACAUGGAUAAACCCUGUGCAUGUUUUAUAACCAGUAAUUACAUAUCAGCUACAAAUGUUUAUCACUAUGAUCUAGUAAUCAAUCUAAGCCAUUGCAUGGCAUUGGUGAUCCGUUGAUCGUCGCACAAUGAUAUAAAUUAAUUAAGUAACAUUUUCGGUCUGUAAAAAUUCUGUACAUGUUGAAGUGGCGGACCCAGGUGGGGGACCGCCCCUAGGCUCCCCAAUAGUUUCCACAAACCUUUGAUUAAUAUCUAAACAGUGUAACAAAGCUGCGACAAGUAUUUUUCGACCAUGAGAGCAUGGUAGGCUAUAUAUUAAGCUGUAUAUAUUGCAUUAAAUUAUAGGCAAAAAAGUUUAAAGAACCAAGACUUCGAGGAAAAAUUACCCACAAUAAAUUUAAAAAAACUUAAACUCAUAAAUAUUAAACUUUAUUCUGGACUAUACCAAUCAACAAGCAAUUUAAGAAAGUUUGAAAAAAUUACUAUCCAGUGCAUAGAUAGGGCUAUACUGCUAUCCCGCCUUCAUACUAUAGUCUAUACUAAUUUGUACUUCUACUAAUGUAAGUGUAUAUAUUGAGAUAUUGUGUACUUCUAAUUCUGGCCUCGAUUUCUGCCAUGCCACUGUCUUAAUAGUCUUAAUAGAUCUAACGAGGACACGACCGUAGGAAUUGACAACGUUCAACCACAACACAGCACGAAACAUCUAAAUUUAUUAACAAUAAAAUCAACAUCUUAGCAAAGCUAUUAGCGCAGCUACUUUAAAACAUUAACUGAAGCUUUAUUGACACCGCAGCAUCUAAACACUACUAUACUGAAAAGAUUUAUUCAUAGAAUGAGCAUAGCUAGAUACAUUAAAAAUAUAUAAAAUCCAUUAAAGCAAUUCGUUUAAAAAGGUUCAAGUUAGUACAAAGUGUCAAACAAACUAGUAUUAUUCAUAUAAAAAGGAACUCUAGUGCCCCUCAAACAUAGAAGGGAAGAUCUCAGCAGACAAAAAGAGAGUUUCGUACGUAGCCAAGACAUAGUUAUUGAGUAUGGUUUGCCAAAUUUGGCUGCCAGCUUUGUAGCAAGAAUCUUGUGAAAUCUCGCACAUUCUUUACCCAUCGCACCAUUUGUGCCAAAGACCAAUGGUGUAAAUAGUGCUUGCUCAAUUUCAAUUACUCUUCGAUUAUAUUCUCUUUUCUUCUCAUUCUCAUGACGUGAGAGGAUCUUGUGGGUUGGUAGUAACUUAUAGGACGCGGCGUUAAGAUGUGCUACUCUUAUGUCAAAAAAUGCACUUUGGCCAUGUCUAUAGAAACCCCUAGCUUUCACAUCAAGUCGUGAUUCAUCUUCUGUGUUUGUUGAUCUCAAGGCAAAUUCUUCUCCUGUCACCGGUUGUAAAGGUGGCUCGAUAGAAACAUCAUUGCAGACUUCAGAGAGGAGAGCAGCUUCCAGAUUUCUCAUUUGGUCGUGGCGCGCGUGUAUAAAGCCACCUUUUUUACACUCCAUCGCGUGGUAAGGAUCGAAAAGUUUUCCACAGGGACAUAUGCUUGGGAGAUCUGGGAUAUAUUUGUUAUAUCUCAGCGCCAAAGCGUCUCUGAAUUCUUCUUUAUUCAGACAGAAGCCUUCUUCUUGUAGUGGUAAGACAUUUAACCAUCCAGAGGCACCUUUUUCUCGGGCUAAAGAGAUUGUUCGAUGCUGCUCUUGGGAAAGUUGAAUAUCAACCGAUAAUGAGGAGGUAGUUGCUCUUUCCACCCGAAGACUUCGAACUUGGGACUUUACGUUGGUUAUUGCGUCGUCUUGUGGAAGUUGAUUACAUGCUUGAAUUAUGAUCAAAGCAGAUAGUGGAGCACAUAACAGUUUUGACGUAUUUCGCUCGAAAUCAGCAUCUUCUGGGAUACGUGGUAUUCCCAGUCCUCCAUUACGUAUGGGUAGAGCAUAAGUUUCCCGAUCAAGUUGAGAAAUAUCCUGGCCAAAUAUAGUUGGUAGAAAUUUCGAACAAAUAAUUUCUUCUACAGGUUGGAACAAAUGGGCCACGUUUGGAAUAGUCCUGAUGUAAAAAGUAAACUUGUGCUUAUAACCAUGCACAAAAGCAGCGUAUGCGGCAUGUGGCUGCGACUUCGCUAUAGAGCAUAGAUUUUCGAGCUCGGUACACCAAGUAGAGACUUUGCUAUUAACAUAUUCCUCUCUGAAACAAGUAGAUCCAAUGACAGCUCCCAGUAAUCUAUGACCAUCGGAUGUAAUCUUGAUGUCGUGACUUUUAAAUAAUUCAGUGGCUCUCUCUAUAUCCCACGGAUCUUUAAUUACUAACCAAGAUUUCCCACUGUUGACAUGGUAGCCAUACUUUACGCCUUCGCUUAUUAGCAUUUCAAAAAACGCCAGUAAAGCACGUAGUUUACCUGCUGCGGUCGAGUCAUCGGCAAACCAAACUUGUUUCACCAUAUCAUAUGCAUCAUGAAGAAAUGAAAUUAAUACCAUGACCGAAAUGGCAUAGAAAGGCAUGGCUAAUGGGUCCCCCUGUGUUGUGCCUUCUUGCGAUCGAAGCUCACCUCCGCCCACAAUAAAUAGCCUCGCGGGGUUUCGAUACGUAUUAAUUAUGGAUAUCGCUGGUCUUGGGCAUAAUAACAAAAUGUUAUGAAGAGCAACUUGACGAUUUAGUGAAUUAAAUGCAUUACUUCAUCAAUCAGUAACAUCCCUUCCGUGUUUUCCUCUUCCCAUACUUGCUGCAUAGCAUGGAUGGCUGCUUCUGCUCCAGCUUCAUGCCCAGCACAGACUUGAAUCGGACCAGUCGCUUCUUUGAAAUCUUGCUUGAAUUCCUUUGUUAGCGCUUUCCCAACCAAGCGCCUCAUAAUCUCACCAAUACCGAUGGGUCGUAUACCAGGGGACUUGUCUAAGGGGAUAAGUCUAUUGGCAACAUAUGCUUCCAGGGAGAAGGGAUCCAGACUUUCUGUUGCUAUUUUCACAGCAAACAAAGCAAUUUGUUCACGCAGGCAUUUACCUUCACGGUGAAAUUGCUUUGAGCAAAGCAUACGAAUAUACUGAGUAGCGUCGAGGCCAGAGGGACCAGCAGCUCCCUUUAGUGUUUUCGCAGCAGUUAGUAUAGUUUGCUCAUCAACUGCUAAAGAUAUAUUGCGAAGGUCAAUAAUGGGACCAUGGAGUAAGCUACUUGGUUGUAUAUCUGCAGGGGCUGGAUGCUUCUCCUGCAGAUAUCGAAGGACUUCCUUGGAUAAUGGUAGGACACAACCAUCAGAUUCUUCGCUAAGAAGACGAAGAGCAGCAUUAACGUUUCCCAUCAUGAUUAACUUUGCAAAAGUUUUAGACAGAUUGUCCGAGGAUGUCUUUGGUCGUAAUUGACGUUGGAUAGAACGACAUUCUGAAAGCAGACGCUGUAAUUCACCAUCUUUUAGCCAUUUGAUUCUACGGCUCAAGGCUUGCGAAUGUUCCUUUGCUUUUGACGAUGCUGAGGGCUUUUGCAGAAGAAUCAUUGGAAGAGUCAUAAAAACCUUCAAUUAUAUACCCAUAAAACUAUCUUCAUUAUUAAAUUUAGAUAGCCAUUGUGAUUGUAAUUUGAUGAAUUCUUUGCCCGCUUUCCCUGAAGGAAUUUUAAACACAUUCUUCCGCCAUUUCACCGCCUCAUCAUAUGCCGAAUCAAAGAAGUCACAGAACAAUUUUCCCUCUGUCGAAUAAACCCUAAAACCUGAAGAAUGGUUUAUAGGUUUAAAGCUAGGUAGAUUUGGAAGGAUCGUUCGCUGAGCUUCUAAACUGCCCACUCACCCAUAUAUAUCAGCAGUAAAAAUGCAAAAAGUAUAAACGAAAGCUCAACCUUCCAAAUGUAUUUCGAGGAAACAAAUAAAUCAUGACAACUAAUUACUUGAACAUUUUUGAAAUAAUUGCACCGUUUGGACGUAUUAUGUUAGGCUCGUAGAUACAAAACUUCAGUCAUUGUUGCUCCUUAAACCCUCGACUUAAACUGCAUUUCUCGCUUGCAGAAUCGCCAAUUUGAAAAGUAUUUUCAAAAUUCGUGAUUUCAAAAUCUAUGUUUAGGUACUAUUUUUUCAGUUAAUUGGACUUUUUAACAACUUUUAAUCGACAUAUUUGAUAUAUUCAACUCACAACGAAAAUUUAGUUGGUCAAGAAACUUGAUUGACAAGUUUUCUUUGUUUUUGAUAUUUUAUCAGAUCCAAUUCAAGAACGAUGACGUAAGUGUCAAGUUGUUCCUAAUUUCGUAUGCAACUUCGUGACCUUUUUCAGGAAGUGUGUUUUCAUUGAACAUGAAAAUCUAAAUUAGCCGUUUACGUAGCCAAACGCAUGCAAAUCCUUCAACAAAGACAUGGAAAUCUACUUUUGCAGGUUUGUCAUAAAAUGAAAAUCCUAUUGAAUGGUUUGACAUAGAGUAUCUUCCUGCUAGGCAUUUUAUUCGUUUCUCGCAUUUUUCCUCGCCCUUUAAGGGCUCGAAAAAUACGUUCGAAACUCGUAACAUACUCGACCGGAUUAUAGGUCAUACCUUUCAAUAAAAUAUAUUGCUAGCAUAUUUUUUCUUCUGUGUUAAAACCCUUGCUGUUUAGCAAGGGAAGGGAAGCGUUAUGAAGACUAAUUAAAUAAUUUUCAUAUGCACAAAAAUCAUUUGAAAUGCCUGCGUAUAUGAGUACCGUACAUCUGGCGUAAUUCUAGCGUAUUCAGCGUGUGCUUAGAGUACGCUUAUCGUAGAAAUCAUACGUCCGAAUACGUACAAAAUUUUUAUGCAUGCUUAAAAAGUUUCUUCCUCACAGUUUUCCAACGUACGCCACCGUAUACGACCGUGCUUGAAACGUAUGCAACCUAUCCCUAACGUACCCCUGGCGUUGUCAAUGUUUUCCACCCCGGUUUGAUUUCGUUCUGGACUCAUGCACACGGAGCCUUAGUUUUCGCACCGCUGAUUUGCUUUUGAAAUUACAAAAUCUGUUCGUUUAAUACGCUUUCCCAUGUUUUGCUUUAAGUUAAGGCCCUGUCAGACUAUUACGUAUCGUACUAGCGCAUGCCAGCGUAUGAAAAAUAUCACUCAUACGCACAGAUGCAUACAUGAGACGCGACGAAAAUAAGUCAGACCGGUCUCAAGUCAUUCCAACUGCUGGACCGAGCCUGCCGAACGGCUGACUUCACACCGGCAUGAAUUCAGACUGGGAUGAAUGUAAAAACAAAUAUAUUUCAGAUAGGCUCGGCUGUAAUCACUAAUUGGAACAAUACAUGCUAACAAAGCCAUUUGAAAAAUAAUAUGGAAAUUGAAAUUUUUUAUAUUUUCGUACCGGUCUUAUGUAAACAUUUUGACAAUUUCAAUUUUCAUUCGGGUUUGAUUUUGUCCCGGUCUCAUGCAAACGGGUCCUAAAUGUUCUUUGACCAGUUCAAUAACUUGAUAUGCAUAUUCUUUCCAAUAUCUGCUACAUGACACUGACGUCAUCGUUGUUGAAUUGGAUCGGAUAAAAUAUCAAAAACAAAGAAAACCUGCCAAUAAAGUUUCUUGACCAACUAAAUUUUUAUCUACCACAAACAAGAAAGUCGUUGCGAGUUGAAUUAUUAUAUGAAAUAUGUCCACUAAAAGUUGUUAAAAAGGCGAAUUAGUUUAAAAAAAUAUAUAGUACCUAAACACAGAUUUCUUCAACUAUUAAACGUUGUAACCAUGAAUUUUGAAAAUACUUUUCAAAUUGGCAAUUCUGCAAGCGAGAAAUGCAAUUUAAGGAACAACAAUGAGUGAAGUUCUGCGUCUACGAGCCUAACAUAAUACGUCCAAACGGUGCAAUUACUUCAAGAAUAAUCAGGUAAGUUGUCAUGCUUGAUUUGUUUACUUGAAAUACAUUUGGAAGGUUGAGCUUUUGUUUAUGCUUUUUGCAUUUUUUUAUUGCAUGUUGAAACGAAGUUUAAUUUUAAUUUUUUUUUUUUGCAUGGUUAAGCGGAUUCUAAUUUUAAUUUUUUGCUUGCAUGGUUAAACGGAUUUUUUUUCAUUUUUAUUUGCAUUUUUCUCUUGCAUUUGUUUCUUACAUUUUUUCCCUUUUUUUCAUGCUUUUUGCAUUUUUACUGCUGACUGAUUUGCUCAACAAAUUGCUUCGUCCUAACCUGGAGAAACUUGUCUAGACGAGGGCAAUAAUACGGAUUUUUACCGUGUAAUCUGCUCUCAGAUUUUCCGUGUUCUCAUGAACUUAUUUCGUAAAAUCACGUCAUUGUCAUGUAAUAUCAUGAAAUAUUCAAUGAUAAUCCUGGCUAUAAGAGAAUAUACAAUUACUUUAUGGUUUCCGUGUUUGGAUGGCCUGAUCCAAACACGCGGGAAUGUUGCGAGAGUUAAGAAAAGCACGCAAAAGCACGAGUCGAAAGCGAGUGAUUUUGCGCGCUUUUCUUAACUCUCGCAACAUUCCCGCGUGUUUGGAUCAGGCCAUCCAAACACGGAAACCAUGAAGUAAUUGUUUUAUAAAAUAACUACAACACGAUAGUCUUCCGUGUUUGGAUGGCCUGAUCCAAACACGGGUUUCGACCAAUCAGAGCACGCGUUAUAUACAUGUUAUUUUAUAAAUGCAAAUAAUAGUUGAACUGCUAAAUUCUUUGAUAUGUAUAUUCUAAUCAUCCAAUCUAAGCUACAGAGUUUACGUAUUGGUCGAGCGUCGAGGCUCAAAUUUCGGGAGUAAAAUCUCGCGGCCGGCGUAAAUUGUGGAGGCGAACGUGGAAUGUCGAGGAUAAAUUGUCGAAGGUUAAAAAAAAUCGCAAAAAAGUACUAUAUUAAAGAUUUAAG